AUGACACAGCAGUACCAAUGCUUUAUGCAUGGCCUCAUACCCGAUAGAUCCCUCCAUCACGUCCUGGAACGUCUGGUCAUCCUCGCUGGCAACUUUUCAUGGAAUGGUCAACCCAAUUUGUAUGAACAUGAGAUUGUAUGGCAUCCAAUCGAUAAGCAACCAUCAGACAAUCGCAAAAGAUCAGAUGAUUUGGUGAUGAGACUUCGAGCUUCGUUUUUUGAUGGCACUUCAUUCAUCAAAGUCAAGAAUCGGGCAUGGAAGCUAGCUCAACUCAAUCGCCCUGAAGCACCAUCAACAAUGUCAGACCGUCCAAGAACAUGGAAUCAACGUGGAAUCAUCGAAUCAGAUCUAGAGGGUGAUGUCUUUGCCUACUUGGACUUGUUGGGUUACCAACCAGCAUUCGAAUUCGUACGCAAAGGCCACCAAUUUCCUUGUGACGCGCUCCGUGUCUGUGUAUACCAAUUGUACAAGAUCAAGACUCAACACAUGGUGUCCUCUGCUACAUUGCUGGAUGAGAGUAGCGAGACUCCACCGUGGAUUAUGGAAGUCACGUCGCCAUUGACGAAUGCUAUGGGGACUGCUACGAUGGGGCCUGCUAUUGAGAGGUUUGCGACGUUCAUGAGAGGGGUGGUUGAUUUGAUUGCUGUGGAUCAUAUUGCACUUGAUAACAAGAUUAAAUACUCAUAA